AUUGUGAAGGUCUGGACCGGAAGCUCCGCGCUCUCCCUCCGUGCAGCCUGACGCCGGUGGACGCUUCGCUCCCUCCAUUCAUUUCAUUCGCACACAGUCGCAUCCCAGCAGCGAGCCGAGCCCUCCCCUCCUGUUUCUCUCCGCCUGGAAAGAUGGCUGCUCCGGCGGUGUUGAGGAGCUCCGGCCCGCCGCUCUGCCCGAGCUUCGCGGAGGUCUGCUCGUUCCUGGAGCGGUACGGAGCGGCGCUGGAUCUGCCCGAGAUGACUUUCCCGCAAAUGGAGAGAUAUCUACGGGACACGACUACAGUUCCUAAACCCCUCGUGGAGCUCCACGUGAAGCUGCUCAGGAAACUGGGGAGGUCUGUGUCUGCUGACCGCUGGGAAAAAUACCUGGCUAAGGUCUGCCAGGAGUUGAAUAGCACCUGGGCAUGGGAGCUGGAACAGAAGGGCUACCAGGAGAUGUCCAUGGAGUGCAAGUCCAGCAUCCUGAAAUACCUCUGCGAGUGUCAGUUUGACGAAAACCUGAAGUUCAAGACGGCGGUCAACGACGAGGACCCGGAGAAGAUGCGUCUCCAGCCUGUAGGUCGGGACCGGCAGGGCCUGAUGUACUGGCUUCAGCUGGACCAGGAGCAGAACAUCCGGCUGUACACGGAGGAGCAGGAUGAUCUGGACGGAUCCACCUGGAAGUGCAUCGUUAGGACUCGCAACGACCUGGCAGAGGCUCUGGAGCUGCUGAAGGCUCAGGUUGAUCCAAACCACAAUCAGGAACGAGACCAGAACCAGGCUGGAUCCAGGAGUGCCAGCCCUGCACAGAAAGAAGCUGGGGAUGAGACGAUCAGAAGCACCAACCCUGAGGCCUCAAAGACUUCAGAGGACUACGCUGACAGCAAGAAGGUUGACCCUCAAAACAGAGAAAAACAAACCAGGCCAGAGGUGAAGGAGGAGCUCACACCGCCGCCCAUCAAGCAGGAAAACGCUGAUGCUGAGGUGAAGGAGGAGAAGACGCUCCUCAAACCGUCUGUCUUUGAUAACCGCGUGAGCACCAUCACCACAGUCAUCAAAUCAGAAUCGAGGGACGCCGACGCCCCCAGGAACACAGUGUCUGUUGUCAUGGCGCCCGUGGCUAAACAGGAAGAGGAAGCGGAGCGAGCGGUCGUCAGGAGCAGCCAGCAGGCCAAGAUACCACUGAAGAAGAGGGAGCUCAAGCUCGCAGAGAGCUUCCACAGCAAUCACAUGAACAAGGCCAACAGCAGCAGUAUUAUUGUCUGUAACCCGUCAGUGAUCCACGCCAAGGACGGUCACGGAAGGGAGGCCAAGCUGUCUAACUCAUUAGUGCCCCCUGGUGGUUCAGCUGCCUCGCAGCCGCAUCUGGUCGUCAGCGCAUCAAGGCUGGAACUCACCAAUGGGAGAGCUUUGGUCCUGCCGCACAAAGAUGGGCAAAAUGGGGUAGUAGGUCAGGUGGUGGGUCACGUAGGAGUCAUCCGCAGCCCAUCUGAGCGUCACAGAGCGCCUGGCGCCGAGCAGCAGGAACAGAACGGGCCAAAUUCAGAUGUCCGGGACUUGAGAGCGGCGGAGGAACAACGUGAAGGGAGCCGGCAGUCAGUGUUGGUGAGGAAGGGCCUUACAGAAGGGGAGACACCAGCGGGAGCUGCCACUUCUUCUCCUCCCCCUCCUCCUCUUCCUCCUCAUGCACUAACGGAGGCUCCGACACCCACAAAGAUGGACUCUGUUGGCGUUUCCUCGCUGUCUCAGAAUGCAGAGGAACCCAAGAGGCAGACAGCAGAAGAUGAGGGUAAAAACACCACAGAGGAGCAGCUGGACAAGGAGAGGAAGACUGGGCAGGAUGAGGAGAGGGAGGAGAGGAGCAGGGAGGUGUCUGUGCUCAGUGUGGCAGAGGGAUUAAAAAAAGACGACCGAGUGAAGAAUGAAAGAACUUUAGUACAAGCGGAGGCAGAAUCGGGAAGCUCUGUUUCACCUCCGAAACUGGACCAACAGGAUAAAAAGGACGACCAGGAGGAGGGCGUCAACGGUGGGUUAGCAGAGCAGAAAAAGGCAAAGGCCUCGGAGGAGCGGCAGGGACUGCUGGAGGAAGCUUCCUCUGAGCUCCAGAAGGAAGGAAUCAGGCUAAAGAUCAAGAUUCCUCCCCACCGGAGAAACAAGCUGAAGGGGAAGGCGAUGAAGGAGGAGGAGAAAGGGAGGGAGCUGGAGACGCAAGAGGAAGGGAGGCCGCUGAGGAGGUCUGCGAGGAUCUGCAGAUCAUCUGCUUUGCCAACCUGCAGGCCAAGCUCGAAGGUGGCCGAGAGCCAGAAGAAGAACCCACAGAAAAAACAUGCAUUACCCACCAGAACGAGGGAAGAAGAGGAGGAGGAUGAGGAUGAAGAGGAUGAAGAGGAGCAGAGCUCAGCUACGAAGAAAGACAAAAAAACUGAACCUGUCGAGCAGAUAAGGAAGCGAAGGGGUAAACGAAGGCACCGGCGCCCCCGGUGGUCAAACAUACGCACAAAGAGGCGCAAACUUAACGAGGGAGGGGAGGUGGAGGACAGGGGGAGGAAACGGGGAGAGGAGGAGAGCGAAGGAGGGAGCGACUCAGAGGAGGAAUCGUAUAAAUCCGAGGAGAUUCCCAGCGAGGAUGCCUGCACUCACUGCGGCCUGCCCAACCACCCCGAACUGAUCCUGCUGUGUGACUCGUGUGACAGUGGAUACCACACUGCCUGUCUGCGGCCGCCUCUCAUGUUGAUCCCCGAUGGAGAGUGGUUCUGUCCCCCCUGCCAACAUAAAUUGCUGUGUGAGAAACUGGAGGAACAACUGCAGAAUCUGGACAGCGCUCUGAAGAAAAAGGAGAGAGCAGAGAGAAGGAGGGAACGGCUGGUGUACGUAGGAAUCAGCGUGGAGAACAUCAUCCCUGUGAGGGCAGCCAAUCAUAAAAAAGCAGUUUUAAAGAGGGAGGAGCUUGUUUGCUGAGGGGCUGCACUGAGGAUGAACAGAUGAAAUAAAUGAGAACAUCCGGUCUGCUUUCAUUUACUUUCACCCAAAGUCGAUUUUUCAGCACUCACGUGCAUUAUUCUCGCUUCAGGAGCGGGGCGGGGCAAAGACCUCCCCACCAGCCUGUCAGAGGACGGGAAGGAGAGUCAGCGGCCAAUUAGAAGCCAGACACACGCUGCACGGAACAGGAAGAAGCGGAGACUGAACGACCUGGAGAGCGACAGCACGGCGGCGGAGAGCGAAGACGAGUUCAUGCUCAGCAACAGCUCAGAGGACGAAGAUUUCGGCGCAUCCGGAGCAGACGACGACGAAGAGGAGGAAGACGAAGACGCGGGCAGUGAUGCCGGGAGCUGGGAUAGCAGAACUCGCCCCAGACAGGCGCUGAGAGGAGUGGUUAAACACAGACCCGGCAGGAGCCGUGGGCGGGGCAGGAAGCGGCUGAGGCGGCGGCGGAGACGCUCCUCCGACGAGGAAGAGGAGGAAAGCGAGGAAGAGAUGGACUCAGAUCAGUUCAGCGACAUGACGGACAGCAACAGUGACAAAAAAAGGCGGGGCCUGAGGCGGGGCCAGCGCCAACAAGUCAACUACCGCGAAACGUCGGAGUCGUCGGACGACUCGCGAGCCUCCGCCAACAAGGACAAGGUGAAGCGCCACGGCAGGCCUCGCAAGGAGCGUCUCUCCAGCGACUACAGCGACGUGUCGGCGUCUUCCAGAGAUUCAGAGGAGGACGAUUAUGAAGACGAGGAGGAGGAUGACCAGAGGAGGAGAGUGAACAGGAGGAGGAGACACGAGGAAGACUUCCGGACAAGGAGGACGAGAGACAAGAGGAGGAGGAGGUACGAAGAGGACGAGGGAGAGAGGAGGAGGCGGCUGAAGAGGAGACUGCAGGAGGAAGAGGAGGCCGAGGAGGAGAGAGACAAGCGGAGGAGGUUAAAGAGAACACACAGAGAGGAAGAGGAGGAUCCGGAGAAGAUGGGGAGGGGGAAGAGGAGAGAGAUCCUGUCGCAGCAGCGGCGCAAACGGCUCGCCCAGAUGCUGAAGAAACGGCGGCCUUCGACGGACGAGGAGGAGGAGGAGGGCGAGGAGGACGACGACUCGUAUUCUGAGUCGUCAUCGGAGGAGGAUCGUCCGGUCCGCAAAAGACUGAACCGCAUCGACUCAGAUGACGAUGAAGAGGAGGAUGAGGAGGACGAGGACGACGAGGAUGGGAGACAGAAGACGGUGACCAAAAGAUCUUCAACGGGGGAGAGGAGAGCUGACAGCGACGCUCAGGAAAAGGCGAGGGGCCGCAGCCUGUCUCCGCCAAACGGACAUCGGACCUCCAGAGGCCCAGAGCCCAGAGACGCUGCAGGGUCGGGCAGGCAGGGCAGGCACAACGGUCCCUCACAUCCGGAGGAGGGGGAGGGAGAGGAGGAGGAACAGAGGGACUCCCGAGACUCUGUCCAGAACAGUCUGCAGUCAUGAUGGCUGUGUGCGUGCACAACGCUCGCGUCUUUCUUCUGCUUUUUCUUUUCAAGCCUCUCGCCCACUGCCCGGAUCUCACUCUGACUCACGUUCCUCACUCUUCUUCCUCGCCGUCGUGUUGUGUUAGAGCGCAAUUGUCCACAGUCACACGCUGGAACAGAAACUCAUGGUUACCCAUUUUUAUAACGGGCGGGCGGGCGGAGCUGACGCCUCCCGGCAGCAGGAUGGCUCCACCUCACCGUCCACCCGACAGGUCCGUGUGACACCAUCACAGCUGGGGGGGGCGGUUCGUCUGUCGUGUGUUUCAUCUUAAAGCACUUCAUCAUUCUCAUAGCACUUAAUGAGCCGGCACCGAGGAGGGCGUCGGCAUCAAAGCGAGCACUUUGGAUCAGGUGACGGUCGGAGAAAACUCUCUCGAGGCUGAAUAUUUGUGGGUUUGAAGUGUCGCUUGGACAAAACUUUUAUAUAUAAAUAUUAGGAUUUAGAAAACUGGUUAAUCAUUAUUUAAUGAUAUUUUAUAAAACAGUGAUUCUCGGUGUGGGAUGCAGAGCCGCAGUGAGCUACGAAGGAACUGCAGGUGGACGACGUGAAGUUAAUUACACUAAAUAAAUGUAAC